GUGUUUUCUGGAUCGCGUGGGAGGACCUUUGUCAGUACUAUGAUGUCAUCUACCUGAGCUGGAACCCCGCCCUGUUCAAAGACUCCUCCUGUAUUCACAGUAGCUGGGAUGGGAAGCAGGGUCCCGUGAAGGACGUCUACAGUCUGGCCAACAAUCCGCAGUACAAGCUGGAGGUCCAGUGUCCGACAGGGGGCGCUGCUGUGUGGGUGCUGCUCACCAGACACAUCACAGACAAGGAUGAUUUUGCACAGAACAGGGAGUUCAUCACUCUUGUCGUUUACAAGACAGAUGGGAAGAAGGUUUACUACCCAGCGGACCCUCCUCCUUAUAUCGACGGCAUCCGAAUCAACAGCCCGCACUACCUGACCAAGAUGAGGCUGACCAGCGCAGGAACACACACCUUCACACUGGUGGUCUCCCAGUAUGAGAAACAGAAUACCAUCAACUACACACUGCGG